AGUAAUUAUUAACCGUUCAACACUAUCAGUGACACAGCUCAAAAGUAAAAAGUACCGAAGAAAGUGUUUUUAUUAUUUUGGGUAGCUUUUGAUUAUUGGAAAAAAAUGUCUGGAUUCGACGAUAAUCCUUUCGGAGAACCAAAUCUGGAUAACCCUUUUGCGGAUCCGGCUAUACAACAGGCGACUCGUACAACGACAAAUGUUCAGAGUUCGUUAGAAGACUACAAUCCCUUUGAGCAGGAACAAUCGAAGCCACAGUUAAACAUUAACUCAACAAUUAAUUCCAAUGCUGCAGUGGUACAACCUCUGUCGCAGAACUUACCACCUGCACAACAACGCGCCCCCGCACCCACAGCUAGCACCAGUAUUCAAAUAACCACAGAGGAAUUGCAGCGCCGGCAGGAGGAAUUGGACCGCAAAGCAGCGGAAUUAGACAGAAGAGAACAGCAAUUGCAAGGAAAUGUUCCACAACUUAAUAACUGGCCACCAUUGCCCGAUAAUUUCUGUGUUAAACCAUGUUUUUACCAAGAUUUUAAUUUGGAAAUACCUCCAGAAUUUCAAAGACUUGUCAAACACUUAUACUAUACAUGGAUGUUUUAUACCUUGACAAUGUGUGUUAACAUUAUUGGUGGUCUAGCCAUUCUAUUGCAUACCGGCGACUUUACGAAUUUCGGACUUUCUAUUUUUUAUACGCUGCUCUUCACCCCAGCAUCAUAUAUCUGCUGGUUCCGACCGGCCUACAAAGCAUUUCGCAACGAUUCCAGCUUUAACUUCAUGGUGUUUUUCUUCGUUUAUUUCUUUCAAACACUUUUUUCCGUGUUUCAAGCAAUUGGUUUUCCGAAGAGUGGCUAUUGUGGAUUUAUAGUCGCUAUAUCCCAGUUUAAAUCUUCAGCCGCUGACAUUGUUGUUGGUCUCUUUUUGCUUUGCAUCGCCUUCUGUUUUGCUGUCACAGCAGCUGCAAAUAUAAUGAUGAUUACAAAGAUCCAUUCAAUAUAUAGGAGUUCUGGUGCCAGUAUGGCGAAGGCACAGGCUGAAUUUGCGACAGAGUUCAUGCGUAAUCAACAUGUUCAGGAAGCUACAGCAACUGCAGUUAACUCGGCUAUAAAUUCUCAGUUCAAUAAUCGUCGAUAUUAAACUCGUAAAUACAUGCCUUUGAGAAAAAUUCAUCACAUUAAAAAUGAAUUGCAUGCAUUGCAUUAAUAUCAAUAAUAACGAUACAAUAAUUACAAUAAAUAUAUUGACGUCAUUGAAUAGAGUAAAUUAAGUUGAUAUGAGUACAUUAAGUUACAGAUAUGCAAAAACACAACACCAAUUCACUAUAACUCUUUGUUCUGUUGUGUAUUUUUUUCGUGUUUAUAACUGCAUACAAAAUGACGGUCAAUCAAAGCAACAAAAGGAGAUUCAUAGAAGUCAGCGAGAGUUAAGUGAAACAAUUAUCUAUAUUAAAUAUGCAUAAUAUCUCUCACUGACACAUAUGCAUUGCUUUUCGGAGUAAAUACAUACAUUUAAACGUCCAUUUCUCUAAAUUGAAUUAUAAAUAUUAAAAAUAUAAUACGUUUUUAUCGUCAUCAUCAUAUAAUUAUUUAACAUAACAUUCAGUAUGAAUCUAUCAUGUACUGUGUAGUAUUGUCAUAUUCCCCUCAUGUAUUACGCUGUUCCUAAGCAGUAACAUCUGAAAGAAGAAAACAAUUUAAGAUUUUAUUAUAAUUAUUAUUAUUUUGUUAUCUACAUAUAUACCUAUGUAUAUGUAUUCUUAUUAAUAAAUUACUACCAAUUAAUAGAUGUA